UGUUUAUAUCCUUCAAAUAUCUCAAAUCAAAGUGAUGUAAAGUCAGUUAAGUAAAUUAAUUGUGUCAUUGCAUUCAGUGUAAAUUCUUGUUCGUUCUUGAUUAUCUUUUGUGUUUUACUUUGAAAUUUUUUCUAAAUUUUUCAAUCCUUUUGAAUGGAUCCAAACGGCAUUCCACAAAAAAUCAAUAGGCAUGUUUUCAAAGCUUUAGGUCAUUACGUGCAACAGCAGAUUGGGCCCACUUUUACUCAGAUUUAUGAUUAUGUAAAAAAAUGCAAUAGAAACUUAAAGCCAGUAAAAAAUCUGAGGGAAAUGGUUCAUAAGUCAUUAGAAAAUUUCAUUCGAACCGGUGUUAUAUAUAAGGAUGCUUCGAACCAUUUUGGAGUUCGAUGCCCAAUAAUUGUAUCUCAGCUAAGUAAGAUGGAGCCGAAGCAAGAAAAUGAACCAACAACUUCACGAGGAGUAAGUAAGAAUAAGGACAGUAUUCGACCUCAUAUGCCUGUUAAAGGAAAAAAACGUGCUCCCAGUGAUAGCUCUCUCGAAGAGGAUAAUGAAGAGAAAGCCACAAAACGCUUCCGAGGCAGAAAAGUUACAAUUGAAAACCGCAAGGGCCGAAAUAUAGAACUGCCUCGAGUCCGGAAACACAGGAUUUCUUCCAUCACCUCUUCAGCAUCACCAAAACGACCACCGCGGAAGCGAUUAACCAAUAACAUGCCACAAAAAAUUGAUUUGAGUAAAGUGGCAGAACAUAGGAAAACCCAGAAAGGCCUAAAUUUUGACGAUUGCAGCACUGGUGAGCCUGGAGCAGAUGACCGCGAUUCAGGUGACGAAUUCUGUGUGCAUUCAUCACCCAGUUUAGGAACUACAGAUGAAAGGGGUCAAUUACCAGAUGCGUCAGAUAAUCCCACCGAGAACGUGGACCAAUGCAAUUUCAAACCGAAAAUAAUCCGUAGACGCAAAAAAAAGGUCGACGAGGAUGUCGGUAGUAAACUGAAUUUUGUUAUGUUUGACUGAAAAAAACGGUCGUUGCUUAGUAGGCGGUACCCUCACCAUUUAGAAAUCCAGAAAUGUUGUUUUGUUCUGUGUUUGUUCCAAAGUAAUUUGUUCGACUAAUGAAGAUUAUGAAUUAUGAUCCAA